GUAGAACUCGAAUUCUUCUGAUUACCAAAGAGAUAAGGCCAAUCAGUUAGAGUUUUACUCUAACAGAAAGUCAUUCUAUUAAAUAAUUAAUAUGAACAUGUUUAUCCGAAAAUAAAUUUCCAUAUUUAUUUCUUUAAUAAAAUAAAAUUUUGGUCCGGGGCACUGCCCUGAGCCCCGCGAGGGCAGCCUCCCUCGACCCCGCUCGCUGACCGGGCAGCGAGACCCCCGCCAGGGGCGCUGCCCCUUGGACCCCGCAAGGGGGCGCAACCCCCUUGACCCCCGCCAUUUAAUCGAACCAAGUUUAAAUUUAAUUUCGUACAAGUGUGUGCUCCGCACCUCCUAACUUAUCUAAAAUUAAACUUGAACUCCAUUGGUAAUCUGUAAAUUCCAUUACACUAAAAUGAACAGGUGAUACUAAAAUCACCAACAUAAAAUAGCCUUCUUCUGCGAACUGCCGGCACCGCCCCAAUCCCUCCCCUCCGCUUAACCUUUGCAGCUGCGCAUCCCAUCCCUGAAACCCUAGUCGUCUUCGCCAUUGACCUAACCCUAACGCCGCCGUAUCCUCGUCGCCUCCAUCGACGGACAUUGGACAGAAAAUGAAGAAAAAGAGUAAAUGGUGGAGGAGGCGAUUGAAGCGGGUCGGCGGCGAUUGAAGAUGGACACGGCGAUUAAAGCAGAGCGGCAACGAUUGAAGCAUGACGGCCGCGAUUGAGGCAAGGCGGCAGCGGCAGCUCCUGGCCGGUGGCUUGGUGACGGCAGCGGCUUCCCCAGCCAAAGUAGGCCUUUGCUUCCUUCGUUCGUCAUUUGUGGCAGCUGGGUUGGAAGAUAGCAGGCAUCGGAGAACAAGCACGAGAAAUAGGCCCAUCGAUCGGUUAUUCUUCGUCCAGCCUCCUCGAAUAUCUCUCUGUCUUCUCCGUCUCUGUGUCCCACGUCCCCAGCGAAGAAUUGGUCCCUGAAGGCUGCUCUAGCGGAAAAGCUCCAGGUCUCUCCUCCUCCUAUUAAGCCGCAUCAGUCCAGGUAUUUUUUCAUAAUUUCAUCACCAACAUAUAUACUAUAAUCUCUUGGCUGAAUCUUUUUCCUUACAAAUUGCUUAUGAGUAAUCUCACAAAUUGAUUUGAUAUACCUGACUAUUGAUGGAAUAAUUAGUUACCCAUAUCGUUUUGUUUAUACCCCGUUUUCCCCCCUAUUUGAUUCAACUUUGUGUGGCUAGUAUCUUCUCUGCUACUGCUUUAUUUGCCCGUUUUUCACUAUGUUUAGUGAUGAUGUUUAUUAUGACAAAUAAUGAAUGAAUUACUUUUGGGAUGAAUGGCUUAAAAUCAGAGAAGAAUAUUUCUUGAUUUACUUAUAGAAACUGCUUUCAUAAUUCUAUUAAGAAAUAGUUUCAAACUGUAUACAUAUUAGUAAAUGAUUAACUAUGGGAGCUGAUAAAAAAUUAUGAGACCACUCAGUCCAAGUUUUCGGCCUAAUAAUUUUGUGGUAGUCUAAAAGGUGUCUCUGUUUUUAGGCAUUCUGGAUUUUGUGGUAGUCUAAAGUUGAAUAAAUUAAACGUAUGAUAUAUCUAAACAUUAUUGGAAUGUUACUAUACUGCAAUUUACAACCUAUUGAGGACUGCUUGAAAAUGAAAGCAUGUAUAAGACAAGGACAGUGGAAUAAUGCAUAUAUCCUUUUGCAUAAGACAUAUUAUCUCGAAGGUGCAGUACUAGUUUUUAACAAACAAUGAAUCCUAUCUUUCUAUUGUGUGGUCCGUACCAUAGAUAUACUGUGAAGCAUAAAUCCAUUCCCAAAUAGUUUAGUGUGUUAUAAUGUUCCUGUUUGAAUUCACAAGUGGCCAUUUCUAGGGCCCAGUAUUUGACAUAUGUUCUAUCACAAUUUGCUUUUACAACUUAUUCUACUAUAUUCAGUUUUCUGUUGUCUCCAGUCUUAAGAUGUGGAUUUGAGGACUAGCUCUAUGUAGAAAAUGUAUUGUUCACACAAAAAUGGUGCCAGGCUGUCGCAGCUUUCACUAAUUUUUUUUGAGCAUGUUUAAUUACAUUGCUUCUAGCUUUCAUGUUGCCAUUCCUUUUGGAGCUAGUUGAUUAACUAUGGUACUUCCUAUAAUUUUAUCGGCGGUUACUUUUAGGCAAAGACUUAAAGAAAUUGUUUUUCUUAUUUAAAUAAAGACUUAAAUGACAUUAAUUAGUCAAUAUUCGUUAUAGUAAGACAUUUACUCACCAAUUUAAUGACAUUAUUGAAUUUGGAUAAAAUAUCAUAUGAAUAAAGAAUUCAAAAUUCAAACUUUUUAGAAUUGUAUCCUUACAUAAUAUUGUGUGAUAAGUUGAAUGAUUCCAUAAUACAUUAUGUGAAAAUAAAGUAAUAUUAUUUUUCUUUAUAGUUAUCACUAUGUCAAAUCUUGUGAAACUUGAAUUCGCCGCACUGGACAUCAGCGGAAAAAACUAUUUGUCAUGGGUACUAGAUGCUGAAAUUCACCUAGAUGCCAAGAGCUUAGGUGAUACCAUAAAAAUUGGGAAUACCGCAUCAAAAGAAAACAAAACCAAAGCCAUGAUUUUUCUGAGACACCACCUCCAUGAAGACCUAAAGUCUGAGUAUUUAACUGAGAGAGACCCCCUAGAACUAUGGGAAAACCUUAAACAAAGGUAUGACCAUCAGAAAAUAACCAUACUCCCCGCGACCCGUUAUGAAUGGACCCAUUUAAGGUUGCAAGACUUUAAGUCUGUGGUUGAUUAUAAUUCAGCAAUGUAUAUAAUUACUUCUCAGCUAAGGCUGUGUGGAGAAAAAAUAAUUGAUGAUGAAAUGCUUGAGAAAACAUACUCCACUUUUCAUCCAUCAAACAGUGUUCUGUCCCAACAACACAGGCAAAAGGGGUUUACAAAAUAUUUUGACUUGAUGAAUCAAUUACUUGUUGCUGAGAAAAAUAAUGAGUUUAUCCUGAAGAAUCAUCAAACUUGCCCCACUGGUUCUACCCCAGCGCCAUUCCCUGAAGCGAAUGCGGUGACUAAUAAUAAUAGCAAUAAGAAAGAAAGAAGGCACGCUAGCCGUCGUGGCCGGGGGCAUGGGAGAGGUCGCGGUAGGGGGAGUUACCAUGGCAAUCGUGGUGGUCAUACUCAUCGAGGUGGUUAUAGAGGUGGUCGGGUCACUCACUUCAAGGGCCCAUCUCGCCACCAGAAGUGGCAGAAAAAUGAGAAUUAUGGUAAGGGUUAAUCUCAAAAGACAGAAAAUACAUGUUUUCGAUAUGGAGCAAGAAAUCAUUGGUCGCGUACCAGUCGUACGCCCAAGCAUCUAGUGGAGCUCUAUCAGCAGUCAUUGAAGAAUAAAGAGAACAAGGUUGAGACAAAUUUUGCCUUUGAUGAUGAUGACCUUCUUGACGAGCCUGGCAGCUCAACCCAUUUGGAAGUUGGCAAUUUUCUAGAAGAAAAACAUUGAUUAUUUUCUAUGUUUUGGCAUCACACUAUUUUCCUUUACUUGAUUGGACUUUAUUCAUUUCAUUAUUAUGUUUUAAAUUGUUUACUUUAUGGAUCAUGUUAUGCUCUAUGCUUUGAACUUAUCAUUUUGUUUUGAUGUGGUUAGAAUAAUUUACUUAGACCUUCAUUUUAAUGUGCACAUUAUAUUUGACAAUUUUAUUUAUUGUGGGCACUUUAUUAACACGAUUCUUUUAUUAUUGAUUUAGAUAAUUUUAAUUUAUAGUGAAAAUGGACACAAAUGUUGUCCAAAUUACUAUGAAUGGUGAAGAGUUGUGCCUUGCUGAUAGUGCUACUACGCAUACAAUACUUAGAAAUAUUCACUAUUUUUCUGAGUUGAAAAUGCAAAAGGC